AUGCAGACAUAUUCUGAUGAUGAUGGAUUAACUUUUUCUCAACCACAAAUUAUUCUCAACGUAACUAAACCUAAUUGGAAAUGGGUUGCUCUAGGUCCACCUGGUGGUUUACUAUUACAAUCAAAUCGAAUAUUAAUUCCUGGUGAUUAUUCAACAAAUUCAAAUGUAAUAAGUGGCUCUUCGUCUACCGGUUUUGUUAUGUUGAAUGAUUUUAAUGGUCAAAUCGAUAAAUGGUACUUAGGUGGAGAGAUUAAUCUUCAUAAUUAUUAUCCAAAUGAAGGUCAAGCUGUUGAAUUAUUACCUAAUACGAAUUCAAUAUUUAUAAAUUCCCGUUCACACACAACAAAAAGAAUUGGUGCGUAUAGUAAUAAUGGUGGAAUAACAUUCAACAAGGUGAAAGUAUUAAAUACACUUGUACAACUUUUACAUGGAUGUGAAGGUUCCACAAUUUAUCAUAAAAAUACAGGUCAAUUAUUCUAUACAGGUUUAGCUGAAAUAUCUAUAACUCGUACUAAUCUUUCAUUAUAUAUUAGUCACGAUAACGGUGAACAUUGGACAUAUAUAAAAACGAUAUGUCCAGGUUCAUCCGGUUAUUCAUCAAUGACAAUAUUGAAUGAUCAAUCAAUCGGUUUAUUGUAUGAAAAAGGUAGUAUAAUGGGUGGACCUGCUUCUUUAACAUUUACAAUAAUUUAUAAUCAAACAACAAGGAAUAUCUGUUGA